AUGAUAAAGCAGGAGGAGGCAAGAGUUCCACCCCCUCUCGUGGACCUCGUCAGUGAGAAACAGCAUCUUAACGCCAGCAUGAUCAGUUCUACUGUCAAGAGCAGGAGAAUGGCGGUGAGCCGUAGGGAGCUGAGGAGGCAGGUACGCCACGAACCAGGACUUUUCCCCAUCCUGUUGCUCCUAGCGAACGUCUCUCUUGAGGAUAUAUUACCCGACGAACACCACGACUUUGGAGACGAGAACGAAGAUGUGGGAGUGGCGGCAGUCGUUGGAGAGGGAGUGGAAGAAUUCCGGCUUCCAGAGCGUCUCGAGAUGUUGUUAGAGUCUGAGAAGUCGCCAACAUUCUUCCAGCAGCUGGAAAAGUACGCGUGGAACCCAAGGGAUUGUUCCAGGAACAUCUACUUCAAGGAGGAGUUUCCGCUAACAUUCUUCAGGUCAAAUUCUACCGGAGCAGCCGAGGCCGUGAGAGGAAGAGUUGGGUUCAGCCAGGGAAUCCAUAUGUGGGCAAUUCACUGGCCAGCUCAACUCCGUGGCUUGCACCCUAUGGUGGGUGUGGCUACGAAAUAUGCGGAUAUACACGGCAACGGAACCAAUUCUAUCGUAGGGAGUGAUGACCAGUCCUGGGGUUGGAACUUAAGUAACUUGAGACUACGUCACGACUGCAGCAGCGUAGAGAGUGCCGACUAUCCAGCUGCAAUGCCUCAUGAUGAUUUUGAGGUUCCUGACACAUUUGGUGUUGUUCUGGACAUGUAUAAGGGAACUCUGGGUUUCCUCAUCCUGGUAGGUAACAAAAGAUGUUACUUGGGAGAUGCCUUCACUGGGCUACGUGGGAAGGUGCUAUUUCCCAUCAUCAGCACCAGCUCAGUGCCCUGCCAGGUCACUAUCACUUACAACGGCGGCUUGGACUCUGAACCCCGCUCAUUGAUGGAGAUUUGUAAGAGCUUCGUCAUGCAGACUCUUGAAAGUGACGAUCUUGACAAGAUAGAAGACCUGGACUUGCCACAAACACUUGUUAAGUAUUUAUUAGACGAGGACUAA